UUGUUUUAAAUUCCCUUGUUUGUCUUCCCUUUUGCCCUUUGCCUGUCCUUCCCCAUCUCCAGGUUGUGCUCCAGGGAGGAGGAUGCUCUGUGGUUCCCCCAUCCACUGCUCUCUGCCGGCUUUUGUCAUUUCCACUUUAGUUUUCCAAGUUCCUCAGGGGCACUCAGCUCCACUCACCGUCACUGCACCCCCCGGCCCCAUCACCGUGGCCAAGGGCGAGGACGUGGUGCUGCCCUGCCGCUUCUCCCCGGGGCAGAAUGCACAGGACACGGAGGUGACCUGGUUUCGGGAGCACUUCUUGCCCUUUGUGCAUCGCUACAAGUGGGGCCAGGACCAGUUUGGGGAGCAGAUGGUUCAGUACCAAGGGCGCACUGAGCUGGGGAAGGACGGCCUUGCCAAGGGCAGCGCGGACUUGAGGAUCUUCCAUGUCCAACUCUCUGACACAGGGAAUUACACCUGCUUUGUUCGUCGUGGCUCAGAUUAUGAUGAGGCUGUGGUGGAGCUCAAGGUGACAGAUCCCUUUCUACGAAGUAUCUAUCCUUGGAUUAUUGCCCUGGUCCUGGUCCUGGCUGCUGUGGUCGCUCUGAUUUGCUUUGCAGUUUAUCUACUUAAAAUUAAAGAGGAACAAGCCCAGGAACUCGCCUGGAGAAGACACGCAGUGCCUAUAGAAGCAGGGAACGUGGUUCUGGAUCCAGACACAGCCCACUGUGAGCUUGUCCUGUCUGACAAUGGCAAACGUGUGACACGAUCUUACACACAACAGGACAUCCCUGACAGCCCUGAGAGAUUUAACCCGUGGCGCUGCGUUCUGGGCUGUGAGGGCUUCAGCUCGGGGAGACACUACUGGGAGGUGGAGGUGGAGAAUGCAGGAGAAUGGAUUGUGGGGAUUUUUAGAGAUGGUGCGGAAAGGAAGGGUGAUAUUGAGUUUAAACCAGAGAAAGGCAUCUGGGCAGUGGGGAAAGGGGCAGUAUUCUUGAAAGCUUUCACCUCCCCUAGUCCCACUCUGUUUCCUGAAAUCAAGGCUCCCAGGCGGAUCCGGGUCUCUCUGGAUUAUGAAAUGGGACUGGUGGCAUUUUUCAGUGUUGAUGACGGGAUUCCCAUCUUCACGUUUCCACGGGUAUCAUUUGGGGGGAAAAAAGUCCACCCUUGCUUCUGGCUGGGUCCUGAGACAUGUCUGAAAAUAUGUCCCUGAUGAAGAGGAGGCAGUAAGA